CCCGGCAAGUUUUGGGUCAUCUAGCGAUGAUGAGACUUCUACUGGCACAACUAGCGUAACGAUCGUUUUCAAACUUAAGGGGUGGUGGAUGUGUGAUUGAGUUAGUACAGUUGGUUAGUACAAUACAGUAGGCAGUCAACGAUGUGCAGUCGAACACCACCAGGCCGGUUGGACUUCCUUCCCUGUCCAUAGUCGGUUGGAACUAGGGCUCUAGUCUCACUGUUCAGGGGGGGAAGAGAAGGAGGGGGGAAGUGACUGCGGCGACUGAUGAGCUGGGGGUUCGACUACAGAUCUAGUCUGAUAGUUCAAGCAUGGCGUUAUGACAGUGCAAGUGCAAUCAAUGCAAUCAAUGUACAAAGUUCCAAGAUUGGGGGGAAGAGUGGAAGAUCGCAUUUGAAUCCAUUCCACAAUCCGACAUCUCAUUCGCCCGGCCAUCUCACUACUGAUUACUGGGGAGAUGACCGUCAGAGUUGUUGCUCUUGUUGUCCGCCAUCCAAGCAACCAACCAACCUCUCUCCCCCUCGUCGCCCCUUUGACAAUCGAUCAAUCAAUCAAUCGAUGGACGGGGAAGACGGAGAGCGAGGUAGAGGAGGUCUCUCCCACAUUCAGCGCCCUUCAGCUUGGAUGAUUAGGCAAUGUGACCGGCAUACCCUGCUAGUACUAACAUCAUGCCUGACUGACCGACCGAUACUUUGCUGCUGCCUCUCUCUGUCUGUUUUUCUACCUAUCUAUACUUGCAGCUCUGCAAGUCAGAACGAGACUGCCCUUCCGCUUUCCGUCUACUAUCAACCUACCUACCUAACUAACGACCGACUUCGUACCGUAUCUCUUUCCCCUUCCCCUGUUGGUGGGCCUAACAGCCAGGAUCCUUUGCUCUCGCUUUCUCCCUUUUGCUUUUCCCGAAAUUACUGACUGAUCAGGGAGCGAGCAAGCGAGCGAGCGACGGACGGUCGAACCCAUGAAUGCAUAGGCCCCGGGUAUUAUUAUAACUAUAACACUUUCACAUUCUCUCGGUUGGGCAAGAGAUAAAAAUGCGAUGGAUCUCUUUGUUUGCGUCAUCGACGCUCGGGACUUUGUCCACUUCAGCUGUGGCUACCUCUGUACCAGAUUAUAUUGCAU